GCGGGUUGAAGCACAUUCCUGCUUUGCAAGGCUUUCUGCUAAGGAUGUAUUGUGGCUUUUGUUUGGAUUGCAGCAUGCAGAAUUACAGCUGUUCAGAGGAGACUCAUUACAACUCCUGCUGAAGCUCCUAAUCUUCUUCCCUUCUCUUCUACCCUUUCCCCCUACCCUCACUUGGCCUGAAGACGUUCUCCCCAGAGUUUACCUUGCUCCCCUGGUGCUAUGUGUAUGGUGAACCUGGCACUAUGGCCGCGUCUGGGACUGGCCAGACAACUGCUGCUGGCUCUCCUUAUUCCAGGAAGGAUGUAAAGGGGAAUUGCACUGCAGGCAAUGCACCAGAGCAGCAGCAUCAGGAGCUUGGGGAGUAAGGCUCCUCUGGCAUUAUUACACACAUGCAAAGCUGACCGCAAUGACAGCAGCUGCUUCUUUGAACUGUUGGCAGCAGCCAAGCGGCAGCAUGAAGUGACAGAUCACUCCUGAGCUCAAGAUGAACUCCACCUUGGAUGGUAAUCAGAGCAGCCACCCUUUUUGCCUCUUGGCAUUUGGCUAUUUGGAAACUGUCAAUUUUUGCCUUUUGGAAGUAUUGAUUAUUGUCUUUCUAACUGUAUUGAUUAUUUCUGGCAACAUCAUUGUGAUUUUUGUAUUUCACUGUGCACCUUUGUUGAACCAUCACACAACAAGUUAUUUUAUCCAGACUAUGGCAUAUGCUGACCUUUUUGUUGGGGUGAGCUGCGUGGUCCCUUCUUUAUCACUCCUCCAUCACUCCCUUCCAGUAGAGGAGUCCUUGACUUGCCAGAUAUUUGGUUUUGUAGUAUCAGUUCUGAAGAGCGUCUCCAUGGCUUCUCUGGCCUGUAUCAGCAUUGAUAGAUACAUUGCCAUUACUAAACCUUUAACCUAUAAUACUCUGGUUACACCUUGGAGACUACGCCUGUGUAUUUUCCUGAUUUGGCUAUACUCGACCCUGGUCUUCCUGCCUUCCUUUUUCCACUGGGGCAAACCUGGAUAUCAUGGAGAUGUGUUUCAGUGGUGUGCGGAGUCCUGGCACACCGACUCCUACUUCACCCUGUUCAUCGUGAUGAUGUUAUAUGCCCCAGCAGCCCUUAUUGUCUGCUUCACCUAUUUCAACAUCUUCCGCAUCUGCCAACAGCACACAAAGGAAAUCAGCGAAAGGCAAGCCCGCUUCAGCAGCCAGAGUGGGGAGACUGGGGAAGUGCAGGCCUGUCCUGAUAAGCGCUAUGCCAUGGUCCUGUUUCGAAUCACUAGUGUAUUUUACAUCCUCUGGUUGCCAUAUAUCAUCUACUUCUUGUUGGAAAGCUCCACUGGCCACAGCAACCGCUUCGCAUCCUUCUUGACCACCUGGCUUGCUAUUAGUAACAGUUUCUGCAACUGUGUCAUUUAUAGUCUCUCCAACAGUGUAUUCCAAAGAGGACUAAAGCGCCUCUCAGGGGCUAUGUGUACUUCUUGUGCAAGUCAGACUACAGCCAACGACCCUUACACAGUUAGAAGCAAAGGCCCUCUUAAUGGAUGUCAUAUCUGAAGUGGCUCAGUUACGGGGUUCCCGUGUGUGGUGUGUGUGUGUGUGUGUGUAUUUUAUCUCUUAAGUAUUCCUAAUUCACUAGGAAAUCUGGGACAGAAUACUUUGACUCUAAGCAAUAGCAUACAAAUUAUUCGUAUGGAUACCUUCUAAGUUUGUAGAAAUGGUUUUCAAAAGUGCUUGUGAAUUAGAAGACUCAAGAUCAUGAAGACAAAUUGCUCUUGCUCUCAAUUUUUGAAAUGUCUUGGAAAUGACUACAGUUCUCAGAUUUAAAAUGAAUAAAGCCAUAUCUAACACCUCUUUCCAGCUGGCAUGACUGAACCUGAGUGUGAAAAGCUUCAGCAUUUUAAAAAGUCAUCAUUUUGUUGUCACUUUCUGGGUUCUUUCCAGCUAUUUGGGCUUCAUGUGCAAUUGAUUUCUUCUAACAGGGAAUAGUAAAAUAUAAAUGAAAAGGUUUUAGAAAUUACUUUUUAUGUAUGCCAAAGCAUAACUACACUGCAAGUUUCAACACUGUCAUUUAGAAAGCCAAAUGUUCUGUGUUUUAUUCUCUUGAGAGAAUUCUCAGUAGGGUGAAUAAUGUGAACACAUAAACAUUAAUUUUAGAAUUUUACAGUGAACCAUGAAGCAAAAGUACAAUCAAAUUAUACAAUUUAUGAAAAACUGGGCUACUUUUUGUGCCAUGCUUCACAGAGAUCUAAAGAUAUGUGUGCAUAGAAGUAAUCGUGUAGUACUUUUGCCCAUGCCUUUGUGUUAUGUCUAUAUUUAGAAUAUCUGAAUUGUUAGAUUUCUCUUUUACAGCAAAAUGUGCUUAAGCUAAAAAGUAAUUCAGUGAUAGGCUGUUGGCUGUCCAUUUUAUAAUGGUGACUAUAUACAAAAAUGUGUCUUUAAUAUUGUCUGUUCUUUCUAUUCAAAGACUUACGAAAUAUUAGAACAUCAGGGAGAAGGGUGUCGGUCAUAAGCAACUGAGUCAGAAAGUAUACCGUAGUAUACAGAUUGUUUUUUUAAAAUACAAGGGAGUUGAGACAUUUUCUUUGUGGUUAAAUGGAAUCAACUAGUUAUUUUUGAAAAGUAUUCUUUCAUUUAGUGCUAAGGAAUCCACAUUUGAAGAGGAGAAGGGGAAACACUUAAGUCUCUUAUUGCUAUUUUCUCUCUGGAAAAAAAAUCCUUUGGCAUACAGUUCUUAAUGGUCUUUUUUUUUUUUCCUGCCAAAGUACUAGAAAAACCUAUAGGAUUUUAUAAUUCUUCUAUAGAAUUAUUAUUGAGAGUUAUGUGUGUUUGUAUGUAGUAGUGAUGUUUGUUCUUAAAAGUGAUUAUCUUUAGAGCAAGAGGUUUAUUUUUCUAAAAGGAGAGAAGGAAUUCCGGCAGCUCCAGGCACGAGAGUAUUUCCUCUACUUUUCUGCUGUUCUGGAAAUGUUCUGGAAAUCUUCAAGGGACUUACUUGAUCUCUGCCUUUGGCUAGAGGUUGUAAUCUGAAUGCGACAGUGGUGUUCAGUGAGAUGGAAGAUGGAAGAAACCCAGGGGACAUGGGUUAAAGUGGAUUUCUGAAUCCAAGAAAGGACAUGGAUAUUUAUAAAGCAGGCAGAUAAGCUUUGGUUUUCCAUCAUGAUGCCAGUGUUCUUACGAUUUUAGGCUUUAGACAUCAGCUUGAUUUUAACCUCAGUUGUGUUCUAUUUAAACUUUUUUAUUUUAAGUGACUAAGCAUUACAUAAACAUUCAAACUUCAGAUUCUGGGUUUUUCCCAAAGCCUUGCUUGCUCUUUAUGUUUAGUGUUAGCAAAUUUUAUUCUAAGCUGCUUCAAAAUUUAGAACUCAUACUGAAAUUGCAAGUUAUGUUAGAAAUGGCUUGGUUAAAUUGCCAUUUCAAAUGGGAAACCUUUUCUGUUAGAUUCUGAAAAAUGGUUGUAUAUAUUUUCCCUUUAAGUGGUACAGAUCUAAAAAACCAAAAUUUACCUUUUUUCAUAUAUGUUAGAGAAUGUAACCUGUUCACAUUUGCAGUUUGCUUAUGAAUUUUUAGUUUAGAAAAUAUGGCAAUUUUAAACACUUAAUUUUUGUUGAAAAAUUGAUAUUAAAUCAGUAGGUUUGAUCUUAUUUUGUUGUGUGUGUAUGUGUUGGGAGAGAGGAGAUGCUCCUGGACACAGUAGUGUCCUCUUUAGUGGCUGGGGGUGUUUUCUAUGUGAUAUGUUUGGAAAGUUCAUGUUUAACUGAACUUUUCAUCCUGGCAUAUUUAAUGCAACAUUUGAUGAUAUUUAGUUUAAAUACCAGUCUGACUUCAAAAAAAGUGUAUUUUUAGAUUCAGUUACCAUGGCAUUGGCAGGAUAGCUCAUUUAACUUUAUAUGGCAUGUGACUGGUAUCAGAGGAAACAUAUACUUUUGGUGAUUAUGUUGAAAUUAUUUCAUAGUAAAUUUUAAAGUAGGAUUAUACUGAUGUUAUAUUUGUAAACUAGUUGUAUUUUUUAAUGCAGUGAUUUCAGUGAAGGUGGUUUUUUCCCCCUUAGAGUAGAAAAGCAAUUACAAAUGGACUAGUGUGCUCAACUUUAGUGAGAGCAUUAUCCUGACACUAGAUUGGAUAUUUGCGUUUUUUUCACGGGCCUAUUGACUCUUACUCAAAAUUCCAUUUUGGAAAAGGUUUUCUUUAAGCUUUAUUGCUAGAUAAAUUCUUUUCAAGCCUUUUAUAAUGGCUUUUACUUUUUACUUGAAUAAUGGUCUCAGUAUUUUAAGGAUUGGGAAAACUUGAAUUUUUUUUACCGUAAAUGCAUUGCCCACCUCCUUGAACUUGAAAAUGAAGCAACAGGGUUAGACUCCCAGAUGGCCCAGAUGGUGGAGUGGUUUCUAGGAGGGUUUCCUCAGCUUUUCAGGUUUGUUUGAAAAAUCUGCACGUUGACUUGGUAUAGGAAUUGUCUUAAUUUCACUGAGUAUGUUUUUGUUUCAUAGUUGUUGGUGAAAUUAUCAGCAAGCCAAAAUUUAUUGUUAUAUAAGCAAAUUUUGGGAAAUUUAAGAAUGGGAAAACUGUGGCAUUGAGAUUUUUUGAAGUCCUCAUAAAUCAUUUUGUGUGUUGACUUUUGUGUAAUUUUUUUCACUUCAGGUUGAAGAAAAACUAAAUAUUAAGUAUUUAUAUUAAAUUUAUAUAUUAUUAAUAUUAUGUUGCAGACCUUGGAAAUAUUGUAGACAUUUCUUAUGGCUGUAAACAAGUCAUUUGGCCUUUCUUCAAAAUUUGCGUGACAAAAGGGCAUCAUAUAGUAAAAAUGAAGUUGGAACUGAGAAUAAAAAGAUGUAGGCUUCUGUUUCUAAUUAAGUAGUUUUGUAAAUGAGGGCAAGUCACUUCUCUAAAUGCUUAAUUUCUCCUAGAAGGAAAUAUUGAUCCCUUCAUACCUCAUAGGGUUAGUUUGGGGCUUGCAUUAGAUAAUAGAUGUGAAAGUACUUUGUAAAUUGUAAAGUGCUUUGCAAAUAAAAAUCAUUACUGUUAUUUGUAUCUGCCAUUCUUCUACAUGUAAGGAAGCCAUACAUCAUGAUGUGUUCCCCCACACUUUGAUCUUUGAAGCUCAAUGCUACACCACUACUCUGUGCUACUUAGCAAUCCCAGACUUGAGAAGAGAAGCAAAAUAAAUGCUCAUCCUCCUAAAAUGACAGUAGCCUUAAAUUCAACAUAAAAUUGCUUUGAUUUACUUCCUUUACUUGUCAUCAAACUCUCUGAAGGCAAGGGACAGUGUCUCUUAUCUGUCUGGUUAAUAUCUUUAUCCCCACAAUCUGACCCAGGACCUGGCUCAGAGCGGAAGUUUUAGUAAGUUUUAUAGAAUGAAUAAAUGACUCUGUAAUUAUUGCAUGUAGUCACACCAGCCUUCUCCCUUCUGUAAGGUAUUAUAGGGCAGUGAUGUUUGAAAGGUAGUCCAGAGCCUCAUAAGCAACCUUCCAUUUGGUCUAGGUUAUUCUAGAUUUUAAAUAAUAAAUAAUAUCUCUUUUUGGUAUCAAGAGAUUAAUGUGGUAAUGUGAGUCCUCUAUAUACUUAGAUAACUUUGCUUCUGGAAACUGUGUAGCUUCGGCCCAGAGAACUUCAGGCAGUGCUUUCAAAUUGCCAGUUUUUCACAGAAUGGAUUAGGAAAUAUGUAGUUGGAUCACACCUUCUUGGCUCUGGAUCCAGAUAAAGCUCUGUAAAACUGGUCACAAGGCCAAAGGAACUAUAGAAAGCCUUGAUGAAAGAAACUUCCUAUGUGGUUUUGCUUUGUCUCCCUUUCAGCCUUUCCCAGUUUUCUAGCUCUGUCUUUCCUUCUUCCUUCCUUUUCUUACCUCACUAUUGGUCAUGUAUCCAGAAAGAAGUAUUUCCUUGAUACUGCCAUAGGGUAUGGAAAAUUGUAUUAUGUAAGAGCAGUGGCUUUUAGGGAAAGUUUAAGCAAUCAAGAAGCACUUAUCUAGUAAGUUCUGCUGUGUGCCAGGUAGUAUAACUAGCCUCAGAGAGGGAUCAAAGAAGGAUCAUUCCUUUCUUGUAGAACUAUAUAGUCUUUAGGUGUUUCUUGUGGAAAAAUUCUGUGAUUAUCUGUCUUCCAGGGAGCCUCACUGUUCUCUACUUUAUCUGGAAGAAUGUACCAAGGCUUCCUGGUGGGCCACCCCCACAGCACUGUUUUUUGUGGGGUACAAUCAUAUGAUGCUGGUAUAUAAAAUCAUGUCACUUUAUUAGUUUAAGAAGUAGAUGCUGGUAAUUGAGAGCAGUCUUCUCUAUUAGCAGAUAUUUAUGGGAAGCCAAACUGUAUUCAGAAGCUUGCUUGGUGGGAAUGGAAUCUCAGAACAUGGUUCUGUAAUGUGAACAUUAUUGAGAUCAUAGUAAAAGAUGAAAUCAUCCCUGCUUCCAUUAUCGGCUAACCUACCUUCUCAUUGACAUAUUACGGUAUUUCUUUAGUUCAAUUAACUUCUGUUACUUGUCUUUUAGUCAGAUUCCUUGCAAGUCUUGGUAGUCUGCAAGCCUGCAACUCAUUCUUUCUCUUUAAGGUGCUUUUUAUAUCCCCAGCCUUAUCUUUUAUCAUAAAACAUACUAGUUUUAUGAUUUUUUAUUAUUCAAAACACAUCUUUGUUUUUUACGUUAGUUUGAGGGAGCCGCUCAUCUUAGUUUUCAUGUAGUUCCUAGUUAGAAAAGCAAAAUACAUGAAACUACCUAUAAAAAUUAAUAGCAUCAGAUAAUUAGGGAUGUGAUAUUCAUGUCAGAUAAUGUCUAGCAAAGGAGGCAGGGAGAGGCAGAUGAGUUGGAAAGGACCUUAGGAAUCAUUUGGUCUGAUUCUGUUAUUUUGCAGAGGAGAAACCAGCCCAGUGGCCACUGGGUUAUCUAUUUAUGGUAAUACCCAGACUUCAUACUUCCUAAUCCGUUGCUCUUUUCUAGUAUAUCAUAUUGCUUUUGCAGAGGAGUUGGAAUUUGACUUGACUCAGCCAUGCCAUGGGGUGGGCACAUGUGUAUGUGUGUAAUUCUAAGGGUAAGAAGUGUGAGCAAUAAUAUAAAUGUUAAUUGAGACUCUUUAUGUUUCAGGAGAAUUUUAUAAACUUUAUGUUAAUACUUCCAACACUGUAAGAGCUAGUGACUGUUAUUAAUCCCAUUAUACAGAUGAAACAGAUUUUGAGGUGCCAGAGUCAGACAGCUUAUAAGUGGAAGAUCUGGGAUUCAAACCUAGGACUUCCUGACUCCAAAGCCUAUGUUCUUGCCUUAAUUUUUUCUUACAUUCUACAUUUAAUUUUCACAGCAGCCUAUCAGGUAGUUAUUUUGAAUUUUCCUAUUUUGUAGGUGAGGAAACAUAGGCUUAGAGAGGUUAAGAAGCUUCUAAGGUUACAUACAUAGUAAGUGUUAUGAUUCAAACCCAAUUCUUUGACUCUAAAGCUUGUGUUCUGUACCAUUAUGUAAGCCUAGGCUUUAGAAACAUAUGACAGACCUCCUGCUAAAUGUAGCAGAUUGAAUAUGCAUAUUUCUGUUAACUCCACUAUAAAGAAUAGCAAACGUAUAAUAUGGAUAAAAAGAAGGAGAACAGAGAUGAUGACAGACAGUGAUGCCAGCAGAAUUUUGGAAUAUGGAAAUUCAGUGGAUGAGUAGUAACUGACUCAGCAGAAUCAACAGAGCUGCUUUCUAAAGUCAAAUGAGGAAGAGGAGCAAAAAGAAACAGCCUGAUUCGUCUAUUGACCACAGUAACUACUUGGGAAUUGGAUUGCUAAGAUGCCCCUAUAAGCAUAGAGACUGAAAAACAAGAAUUGAUAGAAGCUGAAAAACAGAAUAAUUGAUAGAAAGUUUAUAUAAGCAAUAUUUAGACAUCAUCACCCCUUACUCCUCUUCCCCAUCCCACCUGAAUCCCCAUCCCAAGCAGGCAACUGGUUUUCACCAUUGCAGCAGAAGGUGGGAGAUUUACUCUUUGGAAAAGCUGAACCACUCUAGAUGCCAGGCAUAGCUGAGAAUGGAACUAAAGGUGUGCUUUGUUGCAAACAUGACUGCUAUAAGAAAGUCUGUGUGUUAAAUAAUCAGCCCCCUUAACACACUACACUCUCAGAAUGUUCUAAGCAGGAUAUGAGAGGAGUGUAUUCUGGGGGCUGACAUUUGAGGGCUCAGAAACAAAAUAGCCACAUUCCCUGCCUGGUCACUUUAAGGUGAUGCCCAUCAAUCAACACAUCCCACCCAUGCACACAGAGCUCACAGUUUUUUAUUGCUUCACUUUUAAUAUUAACAGACAGCCAGAGAUAAUUGCACUUUUGAGAAAAAGUUCUCACAUAAAGUACAGAGCCCAAAACAAUCAAGCAAAUGACAGAAAUCAGAAGAAACAGAAAGAAUGUAGGUUGCUCAAGAAAACAACCAAAAAACCCAACUGUAACUAACAUUCUCAGAGAAGAUUUUGUAUCCAUUAAAGCAGGGGAGAACAGAGUGCAGUAAAAAUGAAUAGGAAGAGAACAAGAAAGAACUCUUGCAAUUUAAAGUAUAAUAAGUUUUUUUUUUUUUCAGUAAGCAGGCUAGAAAAUGAAGUAGGCCAGAUAGUGAAAGAAAAAGGCAGAGAGACAGAAAAUAGAUGAAAAAGCAAAACAGUCGGAGGUUUAAUCAGGGAACCCAAUAGCUGACUAACAGAAUCUUCAGAAACAGAAUAGAGGAAAAGAAAGGAAGAAAUUAUUAAAUAUCACAAGAAAAUUUUCCAGUGCUGAAAGAUACGUGUUUUCAUAAUGAAAAGGCCCAUUUCAGUGUAAUAAAAAGAUUCACAUGAUGGCAAAUUGUUAUAAAAUUUCAGAACAAUGGGGAUAAAAAUUCCUAAAAGCUUCUUGAAUGGGGUGGGGAGGGAUGGUGGAGUCUAAACAUACAAAGUAUAGGGAUUUGAGUAGCAGAGGACUUUUUGCCAUAAUAAAGCUAGAAGAUAAUGGGUAAUAGCUUCAGAAUUUUGAGGAGAAGUGAUUUCCAAUCCACAAUUUUAUGCCCAAACUGUCAUUCAAGUGUGAGGGUAAACUAAACUCAUUUUGAGGUCUGCAAAAUCACAAAAUAUUCACCUGCCUUAACGUACUUUCUCGGGAAGUUACUGAAGGAUAUGCUUCUCCAGAAUGAGGGAGGAAAUAAAUAAAGAGAUACAGAAUCCAGGAAACAGGGUCUCUGACACAGGAGGAUGGUGAAAACAAUUCCCACAGGAAGGAAAGCUCUAUGAAAGCAACUAUGCAGGAGACCUAGAGAGCAGCCAGUCUAAAUAGGAGCAGGAACAAAGAAGGCACUAGGAGGUAUGUCUCUAGGAAAAUAUAGUUGGGAUUUUCACCAUGGUGAGAAGAAUUUAGUUUUGUGAGAUUUUUAGGGGAAGAAUUGGUGAUAGAUACAUAGAAAACCAAGGAAAAGAAAAAGAUAGGCAAUUAAUAACUUCAGAAAAAAAUAGAAAAUUGAAGAAAGGAAAUAAGAUCGUGACAUACUCUGAUUCAGUUAUGUGUUGCUGUGUAUAGUUUGGUGUUUAGCCAAAAAUGAUAGCAACACUGUUGACAGGGUGAGGGGAAGGGAAGUGUUUUGGGGGUGAGGGGAAGGAGGGUGGGUGUAACAGAGCUACAGUAGCAUCUUCCAUAGUGUAAACUCUGAAACUGAUGUCUAAAGUGGAAAAACCCAGAAAAUAGCAACUUAAGCAUUUUAUUCAGAAAUAUGAAUUAAAAACAAACAGCUUUAAAAAAAGGAGAGGUGAAAAUGGUUGCCUCUAAGGAAUAGGGUAUGAGGAGUAAAGGGAAUUUCAUUGUAAGCUUUGUACUGUUUGACCUUUUCACUUACGUAGGUGUAUUAUUUUCUUUCUUUUUUUUUUUUUUUGAGACGGAGUCUCACUCAGUCACCCAGGCUGGAGUGCAAUGGCGCGAUCUCGGCUCACUGCAAGCUCCGCCUCCCGGGUUCAGGCCAUUCUCCUGCCUCAGCCUCCCGAGUAGCUGGGACUACAGGCGCCCGCCACCAUGCAUGGCUAGUUUUUUUUUGUAUUUUUAGUAGAGAUGGGGUUUCACCAUGUUAUCCAAGAUGGUCUCGAUCUUCUGACCUCGUGAUCCGCCCAUCUCGGCCUCCCAAAGUGGUAGGAUUACAGGCGUGAGCCACCGCACCCAGCCAGGUGUAUUAUUUUCUAUGAAAAGCGUAGACCACAUUUAGGAAAAGAGAUGUAUUUUAACAGAAGUAAAGGGAAAUCGGGAAGGAGACCCAGGUAUAGAACAUUACUGAAAUAGUAAAUGGGGGCAUAAUAGCACUAUUUUACCUAUGGUUCUUUACAAAGCCAUUUCCUAUUAAUUGUCUCAUUUAAUCCCCCUAGAAGUAUAGGCAAAGUUAAUAUUGUCCCUCUUUUCCAAUUAUGGGAAUGGAGUUUUGGGUCUAUAAGACCUUUUUGGUUUCCAGUCUGCUGUAUCACUACGCCUCCAUAGGUGUCUGUUUGGAACUUUUCAGAUUUUGUAAUUUUGUUUUUUACCAAGAGAAGACAGAAGGUGCUGGAAUGCAUCCUUCUUUGACAUCGUGGGAAGGAAUAUAGGAAAACACACGUGUGUGUGCGUGUGUGUGUGUGUGUGUGUGUAUGUAUAUGAGUAUGUGUGCUGGUACAUGAGUAUAAUACAAGACAUGGUAUUGUGAAAUGAUGAGAGGAAUGCAAAAUGCCAUGUAGUGUUCAAAGGCAAGGAGGUGCCUGUUAAAUAGAUUUCCUUAGAAGGCAGUGUGAGAGAUGGGCUAGGCUCAGGGUAGAGUAGAAUUCCUAUAGUCUGAUUCCUCUCCUCACCCCAGACACCCUCCUUGAAUGAGAUUUCGUAAAGUAUCCAGCUGGACAGAAUUAAAGGAACCCAAAGGAUCAAUAGACUAAAGACUGUAAUGAAGUGAUCUACAAUUUAACAAACAAUAUAUGACAUGAGAAAGCCCUUUGCAAAUUAAAAAACCUAUCUUUACAAGAAAUUAUUAUGAUUGUAGUCACUUAAUGAAAGAUUUGUUGGCUUGUUAACAAAACGACUGAAUUAGCUUUGAGCAAAAUAUAAAAGUAAUCAUAUUUUCAAAGUAAAGUUUUAAAUUCUGUGUCUAUCAGCUUUCAGCAAAUACUUACUGAGUUGAAUUGUUAAGGCAAUAUUUUGGGGAGAAAGACAAAAGUUAUAGCAUUUAAAUAGCAUUAUUUAUUUUGAAAAUUUCUUCCAGAAAAACAGAGGAAACCUCCACUGCCAAAGCCAUUUAUUUUUAGCUAGACCAAAAAAUAAAGUUUAAGAAGGCCAUUUGUGGGUCUCUUGUCUUUAUUGCCUCUGGGGAACUGAAUCAGACUAAAGCCUUUUUUCAUUUAUAAAAGUUCCCCUUCUUCGUGGUAUGUAUUCGUAGGAAUCUAAAUCAUUCCUACUUAAGUUUUGUUAACAUUAUAUAUCAUUAACAUCAUUUUAUAAUACUGAGGAUGUGUAUUGUAGCCUAUAGAACACUGGAAAUAAAGUUAAAACAAAAUGUAGAUCCUAGUUCUGGCAGUUAAUUAGGUAAUCUUAAUCUGUCUGAAUGUUAGAAGGAUCUUCAUCUUUGAAUGAAGAUGACAGCAGUAUUAUAGGAGUUGGUUUAAGAUCAGUUGCAUAUUAUGUUAAUAGUAAGGCUUUUAAAGUUGUCACUGUGAUUACUUCGUACUCUUGGAUCAUUUUUUUCCUCUGAGAUAAAGAGGAAGGUAGUGAAAAGAGCAUGGAUUUUUGGAGUCUUUGGCCCUUGGUUUUCUACUCUGCAAAAUGGGAUAAUACUACCUCAUUAGAAUUAUUGUGAAAAUUAGGUACUAUCAUAUCUAAAGUAUGUAAAAUUGUACUUGGGGGCAUUGUAGGAACUCAGUAAAAGAUUUCAGCUAUUAUUUCUUUGCCACACAGAGGUCAGAUUCUCCCAAUGACUUCCAGGUCCUGCAAAUUGGCACAUACCAUCAGAGGAAAGGCCUUGGGUGAAUGUGGAGUGGCCUGGUGUGCUUCCUUCUCUCAGGGUUGGUAAAUCCCUUAAGUACUGCCUUGAUAGUUAGCUCCAGUUCUUCAACUGAUGUUUUAUGUAUUUUGUCCUGCUUUUGUAAUACAUUUUGCAGUAGGGUUAGUCCUAUACAAAUCUCGGACAUUAAGAUACACAUACAAUACUUGGAUGUACUUCAUCAAGGGAAUAAUAAGUCAUUGGGGUUUACGGUAAGAAUUUUAAAUACUUCAGGAGGUGGAAAGGAAAUUUGAGGCUGAAGCGGUAAAGAGGGGUCACUUUAACCAAACUUUAAAAAUGAGUUGGUCUUAUGCAGAAAAUACAAUUUUGGCAGCUCCUAUUUUAGGCUUAAAAGGCCUGAUGAAGGGGGGCUGUUUAUAUACUUAAGGAAUAAGGAGACGGUGUAAUGUGUAGUGGCCAAAAGUAUGUGCUUGAGAGGCAGACAGACCUGGGUUUGAAUCCUAGCCCUGCCACUUACUAGCUGUGAGACCUGGGGGCAAAGUACAUAAUCAUUCUUAGUCUCAGUUGUCUUAACUAGUGACACUGUCUCAUGUGAGUAUUGUAAAGAUUAAAUGAGCUAAUGCAUGUGAAGCUCUUAGCAUAGUGCUUGGCAUGCAGUAAGCACUCAGUACAUGUUAGCUGGUACAGCUGUCUUGUGAAUAGGGUAGUAUUGAUGAAGCAGAAGUUUUAAGUUGAGAUAUAAGGGAGAAUAAAUUCAGAAAGAUAAACUGGUGAUAGCUGGUCUGGAAUACAUGGCUAAGGGAUUUAAUUCUAUUUAGGAAUUGGAGGUAGACUUAAGACUUCUGAGAAAAUGAAUGACAUAAAUAUAGAAUCCUCAAGUGACAGAGCUUAGAAGAUCCCUUAGCAGGCAUAAUCUGGACUCCUACUUUCACAGACAGGGAAAGAGAGACCCAGAAUAGUGACAGAGUUAAUUAUUUGCAGAACUAGGACUAGAAUCCAGGUAUUAAACCUCCUUUAGACUCAGUCAUUCCACUAGAAUAAGUCCAAAGGGUUAUUCAGCAUUUGUCAAGUGCUUAGAAAAUAGGAGUUUUCAGCAGGUUUGGAAAAAAAGGAAACAACUGUUCAGAUUUUGGUUUGUGUUAAGUAAAAUCAAAGAAUUGUCUUUCCAUUGGUACUUUCAGCCAAACGAGUUAAGAUUUUCUUUCAAUACUAAUCAAAAUGUUCUCUUGAUCACUAGUAACAACCUCAGAAAUGUUUGUUCGAGGAGGUAAAAAAUAAAUGGGUAUUUCUAGAAUUCCUUCAUUGGUAUUUAUAAUUGUACUGCUAGUGAGUUUGAAGGGUAAAGUUUUUGCUUAAAUAAAAUGGAAGAUCAUAAGUUGUCUAGUAACUUUUAAAGUAGCUGUUUCCCAAGAAUUUUAAAUAGGAAAAUAUAAAAAGUUUAAUUCUAGGAGAGUCCUUUAAGGCAUUACUACAUAGAUACUAAUAUACUUUGCUUGGGAUUAUUUCCUAUGUGCUGAUAAGUUUUAAGUUUUUUAGUUAAUAGAAAAAGAUCUGGUUUACUUAUAGCUUUAUACUUUACUUCUAAAAUAAGAUAGCUUUUAAGUAUUGUUUUUUGAUACUUAUUAAGAUUCUUCCAUAGAAAAAUUAAAAUCUUCAAUAUGAUUUUUCUUAUAUGUUGAGCUCAAGAAAAUAUUUUUGCCUAAAAGCUUUAUAAAAAUUCAAAAUUAAAAUAAAGGACUGAAACCUCAGAAUAUAUACCUGUAGCCUUUGAAUAUGGGUGUGAAUGCAGACCUCUUACGGAAUUCUUAAUGCAGUGCAGCAGUUCACUGAUGGAGGUGUUACAUGACUGGUAUCAUUCAAACACAGAUUUUCAUUUAAUAUUUGUUAAUUGUUAUAAGAGCAAGAAACUUCCAUAGAAUUAAAUAUAUCUAGCCAUUUUACAGCUGCUGGGUUUUUUUUUUUUUUUUUUUUUUGAGACGGAGUCUUGCUCUUGCUGCCCAGGCUGGAGUGCAAUGGCGUGAUCUCGGCUCACUGCGAACCUCCGCCUCCCAGGUUCAAGCGAUUCUCCUGCCUUAGCCUCCUGAGAAGCCGGGAUUACAGGUGUGCAUCACCACGCCCAGCUAAUUUUGUAUUUUUAGUAGAGAUGGGGUUUCACCAUGUUGGCCAGGCUGGUCUCGAACUCCUGACCUCAGGUGAUCCGUCCACCUUGGCCUCCCAAAGUGUUAGGAUUACAGGCGUGAGCCAUCAUGCCCAGUCAACUGCUGUAUAUUUUUGCUACUCAAUAGACACAUUUAAAUCUCUGAUUUGAGACUUAUUUCAGAAGAGAAGCUAACUUUGUAAAGUAAAACUGAGUAUUUGUUAGCAUUUUGAAGCAUUUAUAAGCAUUUUCUUGGAAAUAAUUUAAUCCAUUGAUUCGAUUAUUUAAAAAUAUAACUUGAGUAAUAUGAGACUUGGUCCUCUGUGUGUGUCUGUGUGUUGUAUGUUAUUAGUAGGUGAUUUUGAGAAGAUUUUAUCCAUAGCAUACAACGCUUUACAAAAUCUUUAAACAAAUAGUACAAGUCAAACAAUACAAUACGUAUUAAGCUGUACUAAGAGAGCAUUUGAUAUGCAGUUUACUUGGUAAUAAUACAAUGAAAUAAGUAUUUGGAAGUUCAUCACAGUUAUCAGAAACAUUUGUUUGGAAUAUGACUUUGCAUAUAAUAAUUUUAUGUCUUAGUUCACCCAUAAAUUACCUUCCCCCUUUGACUAUCACCACCUCUUUAAUCAAAAUGAUAUUUUGUGUGUUCACUUUUGUCAGGUAACAGUACUUGAGUAUUUCCUGCUUCUUGGGCCUCUCCAUGAUGGAUUGCUGUGAAGGAGAAUCAACAGUAGCAAACCAGGAAAAGGUUGACAGUGCAGUUAGCAUUUAUGUCUUAUCUAUACAUGAUUUGGGACCGUUUUGCCAAACAUUGAAUAAUUUUCCUGUGGGAAACUUGAGCCCUAAAAGGAAAUGAACAUAGCUAAAAGGCUGCAUAUCACAUGGGACUUAGAUUUAUUUUUAGAAUGGCACUAUAAUGCCAUAUUUGGAUUGAAACAAUUUGAUAGCAGUACAAUAUUUCAUUAAAUAAAGAGCCAUCUUUUCUGAGGAAGUCAUCUGCUUUUCUAUUUCAACGUGUGGUAUAGAUUGAACAUAAUACUUUCAUUCAGCUAAUAUAAUUCUAAAGUAUAUGUUAAAGUUAGAGGAGCUUAUUUGGCAAACAUUUCUAGAGCCAGCUUAUUGAGUCUGGUGUAGUAAAGGUUCUGUGACAGUUCAAUGAUUACAGCAUGUGGUGUUUCUUGUUGUUGUUGUUGUUGUUGUUUUGUAUGUUUGGAGUAAGUUGUUUGGAGGGGAAAAGAGUAAAGGGAGUAGAGUCAUUUGGAAUGUUUAUACUAUUUUUCUUGAAAUGGAUGAACUCCUUACUAAAUUAGACAAUGAUAAUAGAGAAACCUAGAUGGAUUUUUGCUUCUGAGAAAUGAUUUUGGAAGAAAAAAGAUAAUCAGCAAAGGUAUUUAAUAUUGAGCUCUACAGUGUUUUCAUUAGUAUGGUUCAUAGGCUAAAAAACAAAAUACUCUUAUUGUAUCACUUAUGUUUCAAGUAUCAGUUUUUCUGCCACCUGAUUUCUUUAUAAUUUCAUUUGGUUUAAAUGUGAUGUUCAUAACAUUCAGGAGAUUUUUCAACUGUAUACUGUCUAAUUGCAGAUCCCCGACAGGGCAUUAAGUCCCAAACAGGAAAACUUGCCAAAUACAGAUUUUGUCCCUUGGCUUCUCUCCCAAGGUGGGAAAUAUGCCAGCAUCAUAAAUCUCAAGUCUGUUGAGAAAGAGCUACCGCUGAUAUACCAGGCCUUAAGCCACCAGCUUUCCAUGCAGUAUUUCAUUUGCUUCUCAUAAACUGUGAGGCAGGGACAUUGCAUAGAUUUUAUAGAUAGGUAUGUUAAGGUUCAGAUUAGUUAAAUGACUUGCCCAAGGUCACACAAAUUAGUAAGUGGGAGAGGCAGUACCCAGAGACAGAACAGCCUGGCCUUAGACUUUGUGUUCUGUUGGUUGCAUUGUGAUCUAAGUAAAGCACCUAAAGUCCAUCAUCUGCAUUCUUUGUCAAAAGUCCAACUCCAGUCUCCACACAAUUAUGACCAGAUUCUGAAAUGCCUUUAGUUACCUCCAUGUUCAUGGGUAUCUAAUUCCAGUCUGCUCUGUGUGAUGUGUUGGAGCUUUAGAGUAGAAAUUUUAAAGCAUUAAUUACUGAAUACCUAAACAAUAUGUCAUGUAUUUAAAUGUAUAGAGAUCAGUUUACUAUUUCUUUUUGGUCCAGGUUUUGAAUUGUUAUUGUUAAUCAGUGGCAGUUUUACUGCAAGUAUGGUUUUUGCCUUCAAGAGCAAAUCACCAGGGUAAAUAUACAAAGCAAUAUCUACACACAAAUCCAACUUCCACUAAAAUCCCUGCUGUUGCAUUGGUGUGGAAGAACAGCACCACAGGACAGAGAGGUCCCAUGGUUCCUAGUUGAAAAUACUGACUUAAAGGGCAGUGUUGCUAGUCAUGUAGGGACAAGUAAAAAUGUGUUUGUUUUAUAUAAUUACAUUCUUCAGAGCUAAAUUAAGAUGAAGAUGUUUUUGUAUUGUCAGUGUUAAGUGAGCCCACCAAUCGAUACCUAUUUCUAUAAUUCUUACUGAUUUGACUAUGUAAUUGACUUUGAGAGGCUUUAAUUUGUUUGAUACAAAUAUACUAUAAUUCCUAUUACUGAUAUACAGGCUAUGAGGUCCUGUAUUAUGUAAGAUUGAGCUGCAGAUUUGAUUCUGAGCCUCCUGAAGGCCGAAGCAAAAAUGAACAUUGGAUCAUUUCCAUGGGGAAAAAAUAUGUAUAAUUUUUUAGGAGAAACGGUUUUUUGAUGGGGGCACUGAGUAAAGUGGUAGAUGUCCUCACCACCAUGAAAUACAAAGUUUCAAAAGCAGGGUUUUUUUUGUUUGUUUGUUUUCUUUUUUUUGACAGGGUCUUAGAACAUGCUAAUACCACAACUUAGUGAAGGUAGUUCUGUGAAAGGCCAAGAUAUUGUGAUCUAAAAAUGUAUCUAUCUGGUGGUCAGCCUUGAAGAAAAAAACUCAGAACAUUUAAAAGAAUACUCAAUUUUUUUUUUUUUUUUAGGAUCUGAAAUGGUUAAGAUACAUGCCCCCAGUAUUCAGCGACUGUGCCUUUUCUUUUUCUUUGAAUAACUUACAGAGGAGCCACAUGUUGUGAUUUUAUUCACCUUGUUUUUUUUUUUUGAGACGGAGUUUCACUCUUACUGCCCAGGCUGGAGUGCAAUGGCGCGAUCUUGGCCCACUGCAACCUCCACCUCCCAGGUUUAAGGGCUUCUCCUGCCUCAGCCUUCUGAGUUGCUGGGAUUACAGGCAUGUGCCACCACACCUGGCUAAUUUUGUAUUUUUAGUAGAGAUGGGGUUUCUCCACGUUGAUCAGACUGGUCUCGAACUCCCGACCUUAGGUGAUCUGCCCGCCUCGACAUCCCAAAGUGCUGGGAUUACAGGCAUGAGCCACCACGCCUGGCCUCACCUUGGUUUUAUGUUUAAGAGUGUCAUAUAUUUCUCUGGCUACAUGUUACUAGGGCCUUUAGUUAUUUCUGUUUUUCAUAAACACUGAGCAGCCUUCAUACAAGCAAGCAUGUUCAAAUGAGUAAAAAGGAAAGCUUAUUUUCAAAGUCUGUGUCAUACCAAUUUUAGUUAUAAGAGUCUAGAAGAGAAAAGCAUUUUAUUUUAUUUUAUUUUAUUUUAUUUUAUUUUAUUAUUAUCUUUUUAUGAGAUGGAGCCUUGCUCUGUCAUCCAGGAUGGAGUGCAGUGGCGCAGUCUUGGCUCACUGCAAGCUCCGCCUCCUGGGUUCAUGCCAUUCUCCUGCCUCAGCCUCCCAAGUAGCUGGGACUACAGGCACCUGCCACCACGCCCGGCUAAUUUUUUUUUUUUUUUGUAUUAUUAGUAGGGACGGAGUUUCACCGUAUUAGCCAGAAUGGUCUCGAUCUCCUGAUCUUGUGAUCUGCCCAUAUCGACCUCCCAAAGUGCUGGGAUUACAGGCGUGAGCCACCACGCCCAGCCACAAGAAAAGCAUUUUAAAAAAUAUAUUAGAAAUUAUAACUCCAACUCAGUACUGAUAAGAGAAUAUUUUCACUUUUACAAUAUGUUCAUUUUGAUUAAGAAGGUGAGCUAGGAAGCCAGACCAGCUGGGUUCCAGACCUAGCUUCCCACUUUCUAGCCAAGUGAUUUAACAUUUUUCCUCAUUUGUCAAGUGGGGGAGAUAAUAGAACCCACUUCAAAAGGUUGUUAAGAUAGACCUACAUGUUGUUACUUAAAUAAUUAUUUUUAGGUCUGUGAAAGUACAGCUGGCAAUAGAAAAUUUCUUUUAGAUCUUUUAGAUAAGUGGCUCUGAACCUUAUUAUGUGUCAUACAUCCUUUUGAGAAUUAAUUUAUUCAGUAAGUUUUUAUCGGGUGCCUACUUUGUGUCAGAUACUCUUCUCUGGGCUUAGAGAUAUACGUGAACAAAACAGAAAUCUCUGUCUUCAUGAAGCUUAACAUUCUAGUGAAUAUGUUUAAAACCCUGAGCACUCUUCUGAGAAAAAUGUGCACAAAACUUUGCAUACAGGCUGGGUGCGGUGGCCCACGCCUGUAAUCCCAGCACUUUGGGAGGCUGAGGUGAGCAGAUCACUUGAGGCUAGGAGUUCGAGACCAGCCUGGCCAACAUGGCGAAACCCCAUCUCUACCAAAAAAAGAAAAAAAAAAAAAAGAAAUUAGCUGGGCAUGAUGGUGCACGCCUGUAAUCCCAGCUACUUGGGAGGCUGAGGCAGGAAAAUCUCUUGAACCUGGGAGGUAGAGGUUGCAGUGAGCCAAGAUCACGCCACUGCACUCCAGCCUGGGCAACAGAGUGCGACUGUGUCUCAAAAACAAAACAAAAUGAAACAAAAAACUUUGCAUACAGAGUCAGAUAAUUUAUGGAAACCCAUAAGUCUGUUUAUUAAAUCUCAGGCUAAGAAUACUAUACACACCUUUUUAUUUUGUCAUAAUUCUUGUGAGGCAUUCCUUAGAUGGGUUCAGUAUUUAAUUUUAAAAGACAAAGCUAUUAAGAGAAAACAUAAUGUUACUGGGUUUUUUUGUCACUUUUCUUGGCUCUGUCACAUUAGAAGUGCUUGAGAUGUGACAUGACCAAUUGAAUAACAUUUCCAGAUUUUGCAGACUUUUGUAGGACCAUCUUGGUUUUACCCAAACAUAAGACGUCUGUUUUCAUAGGCUUAACAGUCUUAUUCUCAUUCUUUAUUUUGCUCAGUUCUACUUCCAAACAUAUGAAAUGAAAUGACAAAUGACAUGAGUGCUAUGUAAUUAGGAGAGAAUUAUUUUACCUCAGAGAGAUUUUUCAUCCUCAUUUAUUUUAUAUUAAGCAUAGCACACUUUCAAUUUCAUUUUCCUUCUUUUGAAUUUUUAUCCCAUCUGUUUAGGGGAUUUUAAAAACUUAGUCUUUAAAAUGACUUCUGAUAAGCAGUAGCUGACUUUUUUAAAAGAAAAUGUAACCAAAAAUUGUUACUUUAUUCCUGUGAAGUAUAUUGUAAAGAUAGGACAUGGUAUAAUGUAUUGGAGUGGGUUUUGGUGGUGUUUUUGUUUUAUUCUGUUUUCUUAACUAUUACAUGAUGGCAUUUAAUAAAGCAUCUGUAACAUUCUGGAUUAAUCUUAAGAAGAACUAACUUUUUCUUUGGGCAACAAGCUACUCUGGAAAUAAUAAUUUUCCCUAUGCUGGUUAUUUUUCAUGGCAGCCUUCCACUGCAUUUUCUUUGUUUGGGUACUUUCUUUUCUUCCUGCCAUUCUUAGCUUUCUAUUUUUCAACUUGAGUUUACAAAAGGAUGUGUAUUCAAAGGGUUUCCUACAGUUCCCAGUACCUUGUUAAUCCUGAGAAAUUACCCAGUGAGCCAAUUCUCACAGUAAGGUAUAAAAAUAGUCAUCCAGAAAGAUUACAGAAUGUGGUACCACUGUGGUUUUAACUAAUGGAAGACUUUUAAAACCAAGAUGGGGAGAAGAAAACAGCACAAAUGUUACUAUUUCCUUAGAUUUUUAUCUGCACAAUCUAUUUUAGGAGAGCCUUCAAAUUUAAAAAAGUAAUAGAGCUUCACCACUGCUUUAUUGGAUACACUCAAAGAUCAUCAUAAUUGGGGACAAGAAAGAAAUCACCUGCAAAUAAAUCACAAGAACAGAGCCUACCUGUGAUUACUAUUGAGCAUAUAUCCACAAUGUUCAUUUAACCAAUUUUAUUCCAUAAAUUUAGUCCAGCAUUUUAUUGAGUGCUUUAAUAAGUUCUGAUGUGUGAAGUUGGGUGGCUUAACUUCUCUAAGUCUGAAUUUCCAUAUUGUAGAAUAAGGAAGUAAUUAACCUUUUUUUAUUUUAAUAAACUUUAUUUUCAAGAACAGUUUUAGAUUUAUAGAAAUACUGUAAAAAUAGUACAAAGAAUUCCUGUAUACUCUGUUAUUAACUCUAUUAUUAUUACCUUGUAUUAUUAUGGUACAUUUAUUAUAAUAAAUAACUCAAUAUUGAGAUGUUGUUA